UCUUCCUUUCUUCCUUCUCGCCAGGUUCCCCUCCGACAUCUGCGCUGUGCAGUACCGCCCCUACGUCCUGUAACUCAUCGUCACCAGCGUCCGACACUCAAAAUGGUUCUUAGCCACGCCAGGACAGCCGCUGGCUCGGCUUCGCGCACUUCCCGUGUCGCUUGCGCUCGUCUUUUUUCCACCCAGUCUGCUCUCCGUCAGCAGAUUCAGGAUGCCUACAUUCUCAGUGGUGUGAGGACACCAACGGCCAAGUUCAAUGGCUCUUACACCACCGUUCCUGCUCCCAAGCUCGGUGCCGUUGCCAUCAAGGAGGCCGUCAAGAGGUCGGGUAUCCCCGUUGAGAAGAUCACCGAUGUCUACAUGGGCAACGUCCUCCAGGGGUCUGUUGGCCAGGCACCUGCGCGCCAGGCCGCUAUCUUUGCUGGCCUUUCCCCCAACGUAGAGGCCAUUACCAUCAACAAGGUGUGCGCUUCCGGUCUCAAGGCUGUUGUGUUCGCGGCGCAAAACAUCCAGCUUGGCCUCGCGGAGGCCCAGGUCGCUGGUGGUAUGGAGAACAUGACAAGGACGCCGUACUACGUUCCACGCGCUAGCGGCAUGCCCCCCUUCGGUCACAUCAAGAUGGAGGAUGGCAUUAUCAAGGAUGGGCUGACCGACGUCUACAACGAGUUCCACAUGGGCAACUGCGCCGAGAACACUGCCAAAAAGUUCCAGAUCUCUCGCGAACAGCAGGACGAGUAUGCCAUCCAGUCGUACAAGCGCGCCCAGGAGGCUUGGGCUUCCGGGAAGUUCGCUGAGGAAGUUGUCCCGGUCACCGUUCCGGGCAAGAAGGGUGACAAGAUCAUCGAGGUGGAUGAAGGCUACAACGACAUCAAGCUGGACAAGGUUCCCACCCUCAAGCCUGCCUUCGUCCGUGAUGGCACCGGUACCGUGACGGCUGCCAACGCCUCUACCCUCAACGAUGGCGCCAGUGCUUUGGUUCUCGGCAACAAGUCGCUCGCGCAAGAGUUCGGCAAGGGCUCAAGGGUCCUUGCCCGUAUUGUCAGUUCAGCUGAUGCCGCUAUGGACCCCAUCGACUUCCCUAUUGCGCCCUCUAAAGCGGUUGAGCUUGCCCUUAAGCGUGCCGGCAUUAGCAAGGACCAGGUUGCCAUUUGGGAGUUUAACGAGGCCUUCGCCGCGGUCAUCAAGGCCAACGAGAAGAUUCUGGGUCUCGAAGGCGCUGUGGUGAACCCUCUUGGUGGCGCAAUUGCCCUUGGCCACCCCUUGGGUAGCUCUGGAUCCCGCAUUCUCGUUACCUUGCUUCAUCAGCUCCAGCCUGGCCAGUACGGUGUAGCUGCUAUUUGCAAUGGUGGAGGUGCGGCCACCGCGAUGGUCGUCCAGAGGAUCGAGUCGGUAUAAACGGGAACAUCGAGGAGUUGCGGGUGGGUAUUUGAUGAAUUCUUGUAUAAGGAUGAAGAUUUGCAAAGCUUUGGAGUUGGUUGGGCUUUCUUUCAUGGACAAAUGGUAUGAUUCGCUGCCAGAAGCAGGGCCAGUCUGCACAUAGUUACAGCUGCAUCUUGUUGGGUAAAAGCGACAGAAUGUAUUUGAAGAAGUAAGGAAACUGCAGUGCCAUGUUGAGCUUGAUGAUCUGGGUAGUAGUGAUGUAAAUCCACAACUGAGCAUAAGUAAAGGUGAACAAAUUCAACUCGUGCAACAAAGAUCCCAGGCACGCCAGGGUAUUCACAGUUAUAGCUUUCGGGUUAGGGUUUCAGCGUUCAGUCUGAAGACGGACGCGCAUUGAGAUCAAUGCAGCACAGUGCAAACACACUCACCUUAACUUCACC